GUAGGUAUGGGAGGGACGUUGCUAGGAUGGGAGAAGGUGAUGGGUUCAGAAUACACAAAAAUGGGAAGAUCUCGAGCAAGUGUUAACUCACCGGAAGAAUUGGAUGCCAAGGUGGCAUCCAUCAAGGAACAAGUUCGCAAUGAGUUAAUAGGUGAAUUCAAUGCUUGGGCGAAGCAAAUGAACUUACCCUUGCCGUUCCCCUCGACUACACCGGUCGACUCCAGUAGUCACCCAAAAAGACAAGGAGAAGAUGAGAGACAUGGAGAAGAGGAGAUACAUGAGGUUGUUACUCCCACACAUGCGGACUCGAGGGAGGUUGAUAAUCCAACACCCCAUGAAUUUCCAGAUUUAGAGGUGAAUUUAGGAUUCGAGGGAGCGUGUAGAGACCAAGUGUACACUUCUAGCCUCGGGGCUAUCAAAUGGAGGAGAGUUGCAGUUGGUGGCGUAUGGUAG